GAGAGCUGGCCGGCUGGAACGUGUUUCGCCCCCUCCGACGCCGCCGAGGUAGCGGCUUCACCUUUAAGGCGGCGCGGGGACUGCUGGGAAGGCCGGCGGGAUGGAGGCAGCGAGACGAGCUCACGGUCGAGGAUCCGGGUGAAGCGGGACAGGAGUAAGAGCCAGAGUCGGGCCAAAGGAGAAGGUGCAGGUCGGCGCCGGCUGUUUGGGCCGGGAGACCCAGUCAGGCCGGAUCGUGAGGAGCGGUUCAGACGGCACGACCAUGGCCACGAUGGUGCUUCCUCGAGAGGAGAAGCUGAGUCAGGACGAGAUAGUGCUGGGCACCAAGGCCGUUAUCCAGGGUUUAGAGACCCUUCGAGGGGAGCAUCGUGCCCUGCUAGCUCCCUUAGCUUCUCAUGAGGCAGGCGAGGCCGAGCCGGGCUCACAGGAGCGCUGCCUGCUCCUGCGCCGCUCCCUGGAGGCCAUCGAGCUGGGGCUUGGGGAGGCUCAGGUAAUUCUGGCAUUAUCAAGCCAUCUGGGGGCUGUGGAGUCAGAGAAGCAGAAGCUGCGGGCUCAGGUGCGGCGCCUGGUACAAGAGAACCAGUGGUUGCGUGAGGAGCUGGCAGGGACGCAGCAGAAGCUGCAGCGCAGUGAACAGGCGGUGGCUCAGCUGGAGGAAGAGAAGCAACACCUGCUGUUCAUGAGUCAGAUCCGAAAGCUGGAUGAGGAUGCUUCUCCAAAUGAGGAGAAGGGUGAUGUCCCCAAAGACUCCCUGGAUGACCUGUUUCCCAAUGAAGAUGAACAGAGCCCAGCCCCCAGUCCUGGAGGAGGAGACGUAGCUGCACACCACGGGGGCUAUGAAAUCCCAGCACGGCUACGUACCCUCCACAACCUAGUAAUCCAGUAUGCUUCACAAGGCCGCUAUGAGGUGGCCGUGCCCCUCUGCAAGCAGGCACUGGAGGAUUUGGAGAAGACAUCAGGCCAUGACCACCCUGAUGUGGCCACCAUGUUGAACAUCCUGGCACUGGUUUAUCGGGACCAGAAUAAGUACAAGGAUGCUGCUCACCUGCUCAAUGAUGCCCUGGCUAUCCGGGAAAAGACACUGGGCAAGGACCACCCAGCUGUGGCUGCAACCCUCAACAAUCUGGCUGUUCUGUAUGGCAAACGGGGCAAGUACAAAGAGGCUGAGCCACUGUGCAAGAGAGCAUUGGAGAUCCGGGAAAAGGUUCUGGGCAAGUUUCAUCCAGAUGUGGCGAAGCAGCUCAGCAACCUGGCCUUGCUGUGCCAGAACCAGGGCAAAGCCGAGGAGGUGGAAUACUACUACCGGAGAGCCCUGGAGAUCUAUGCCACACGCCUUGGUCCUGAUGACCCCAAUGUGGCGAAGACCAAGAACAACCUGGCUUCCUGCUACCUGAAACAGGGCAAGUACCAGGAUGCAGAGACCCUGUACAAGGAGAUCCUUACCCGUGCUCAUGAGAAGGAGUUUGGCUCAGUCAAUGGUGAGUCCAUGGUUGUCAUGUACCUCCAGUUCAUUUAAUAUAGUCCUACUCAGCCAGGAGUACCCAGGACAGUCCUUGGCCUUGCAAGCCAUCUUGCCUAGAGUUUGGCAGAAGCCUAAACUCACCUGUGGAUGGUACCUGCAGGAACCCACACACCCAGUUCAAUGCCCUGCCCAGACAAAUUGGCAAACCCCUUCCUCUGUCCUGUCUGUCUGACAGUCUGUCUGUCUCUCCCUCUCCCUCUCUCCCUCUCUCCCUCUCUCUCUCCUUCUCCCUCUCUCCCUCUCCCUCUCUCC